GCUUUCCUUAUGAAGACGCAGACCAUUCCCGAAGUAGGCUAGGUUUUCCACCCGUCUGGUCAUAUCAACGGAUACAGGUAAGAACAUUUCACCACAUGAAUGCUUACCUAGAGGAUGUGCAAAGCUUUUUUCGUCACAACUAGGUAGUGAGCAGGGAAGGGAUGGUGGCUUCUCUCUUGAACGGCAAUAAAACAGUUUGGUGAACUUCCUCCUGAAACCACCUGCGGUACAGAACAAUCUGCUGUGGGACAUUGUCCCACCUACCUCAGAAGAAAUAGGUGUGUGUGAUAUCCAUUGUAGCCAAAUAGUAACUCAGCUCCAGACAGGGCCUUUGUGCCCUAUGGAUGUGGAUAAAGACAUCAUUUUAUAAACUGGUCUGAUUCAAUGGCUCCACCGCCACCUCCACCACCACCACCUCCACCUCCAGCGCCACCUCCACCUCCUCCUCCUCCUCCAGGCAAUGGACCCCUUUCCCGCAAGGGCCACAAUCGGCGCUCUAAGAUGCGCAACUUCAACUGGGAGGCCAUUCCCCAGCACAGUGUACUGGGCAAGCACAACAUCUGGACAACUAAGCCGGCCCGUACCGACUAUGAGCUGGACACAAAGGGCAUGGAGGAACUGUUCAGUCGCACAGACCAGAGCCCAGCGCCAAGGAAGGCCUCCAUUCGCCGCAGUAUCCACGGGAUGCCAGCCAGCACCCAGGGACCUGAGGUAUCUAUUCUAAGCUCCAAGAGGAACAUGAACAUUGGAAUAUUCCUGAAGCAGUUUAAAAGGCCGAUGGCGGACAUGGUGGCAGAGAUCAGCCAGGGCCGGAGGGAAGGGUUUGGCCGAGGGAAGCUCCAGGAGUUGUGCAAACUGCUUCCAGAGGAGGAGGAGGUGAAACAGCUACGCGCAUAUGAAAGCGAUAUUUCUGCGCUUUCGGAGGCAGACCUCUUCAUGGUGCUUCUUGUCAAAGUUCCUUGCUAUGAGGAAAGACUGCAGUGUUUGGUGCUGAAAGAAGAAUUCUUCCCUUUCAUGGAUGAACUUAAUCAGUCCAUCGCCACUAUGACCGCAGCUGGCCAAGAGUUGCUGAAAUGUGUUGAUCUCCACUCUGUCAUCCGGUUAGUGUUGAAAACAGGAAACUACAUGAACGCUGGUGGUUAUGCGGGCAGUGCCAUCGGCUUUCGGAUGACCUCACUUUUGAAGCUAGUUGACACCAAGGCCAACAAGCCUGGCAUGAACCUGAUGCACUACGUAGUGAUGCAAGCACAUAAGGUCGACAUGGCUCUGCUGAAAUUCCCCAACCAACUGGAGCAUCUGGCUGAUGCAGCAAGAAUUCAGAAACAGGAACUGGAGGCCGAGUUUCAUCGAAAGGCGAAGAAAGUUCAAAAGGUGAAGGAGGAUUCAGAAAAGCAACCAGACCUUAAAGAACAAGUGGAGGAUUUCCUAAAAGAAGCGGAGUCUCGUGUGGCUGAAACUGAGACCUCCUUCCAGAACCUGAACUCACUGAGUCACUCAAUUGCUGAGUACUUUUGUGAGGAUCCCAAACAAUUCAAGCUGGAGGAGUGUUGUAUCAUCUUUCACACGUUCUGUCAGAAGUUCCUACGAGCCAUUCAGGAAAAUCGGGAUCGAGAGGUCGCGGAGGUCAAACGAAGACAGCGCGAGCGCGUGCAGUGCGCGGCCAAGCGCCGCUCGACGGCCUCGUGCUCCAUGAGGGACAAGGACAUGGAGGGGGUGGCCCUGGAGUCCGUCCUGCAGCGCUUCCUCACCAACCGCUCGUCGCGCCGGAGAGGGGUCUCGCGCUCGCCCACCGGCUCCAGCUGCGGCAGCCUGUCGGAGGUGCCCUUCAAGGAGAACUGCCGCGCAGAGAGGAAGUCUGAGGGCGGAGAUGGUGGUGGUGUCGGUGGUGGUGUCGGUGGAGGUGGAGGUGGAGGUGAGGUGAAGGCGGGUGGAGAGAAGGACUCCACCAAAGGAGCAGAGUUACCGAGACACGCGAGGAAUUCGACGAGCAGCCCGCGGCAGUCGCCCGACAAGGAGAACGUGGCGGAGAACGCCGCGACGCGCGUUCCGUCGGAAGACGGAGGCGACGAGAGCGCGGGGGACGGGAUCCCCGCUCCGGCGCACGACCCGGUCUGCUCCACCCCGAUCUCGAAGCGCAACGCGAGCGCCUCGUCGAUCGGCAGCCAGAUCACGGUCUCGAUGACCGAGGACAGCCGCGAGGCCGACGGCGACGACGAGGACGAGGACGAGAGCCUGGCGGAGGAAGAGGCGCAGAAGCUGCGCGAGGUGUCGCGCAAGGUCCUCCGCUACCAGAACAGCCGCGGCAGCCUGUCCUGCGCCGCCGACCUCUCGCUGGACGCCCAGCGCUCGCCCGGCGCCAGCGGCUGCGGCAGUGCCACGGCGUCGCCACGGCGUCGCCGACGGACUUUCCUGGACGAGGAGGAGAUGGACGCUGCCGAGAAGCUUCCGACGGGAGGAGACGGGGAGCCCAAGGCGGUCCUGAGGCCGCACCAGCGCUUCCUCCAAAACAAAGCCAACGGCAUCAGCCGACGGCACACGCUCACACUGCCCCCAGUGGCCAAGUCGGUGGACAGCGAGGAGGACGACGACAUCUGGAUCCCUGCGGCCGACCCCAAAAGACCCAGAGCGCCUCCCCUGUCUCAGGUCGGGAAGGUGAAGUCCGAGCACGUCCUGGAGUCGGCCAACUCCUCGUUUGAGUUUGUGGACACUCCGGUGAAGAAACCCCCUGGCUCCUCUGUGGAUGCGAAAGUGGAUGGGAAAAAUAAGGUGGUGGUUCCCCCACUGAACUUCAACCUGCAGGGGAGCCUGGUCCAAAGGCGCAGCUCAUCUCGGAGUCCCUCUGGAUUAAUGUCCUUUUUUAAGCGUCUUGGUGAAAAAACCAAGCCUGUCUGACUCAGACAUUCGUCCAACACUUUGUUUGUUGUAUGUUUGGUCGUUUUGUGAGUGACUUCCUCUUCCUUUUUAACUGUUCGUGAUGUGUUCCGCUUUUGGCUGUCUCCAUUUUACACUCACGUUUUAGACCACACAAUGAACUUGGAUUGGAGAUAUUUUAAAUACCGGAGACUUGGACUUCUUUUAAAAUGCCUCGGAAUGGUAGUUUUACUUCACUCAGCCUGUUACCAUGGACAUACAAAGGUUGUUGUAAUACCACAAAGUGUCCACUAAGUGGCAGUAGAUAAUAAGAAGGGCUCCUGAAAAUACACUGCCACAUGUUUUUAAAUCAUAUUCAAUGCAUUUUAUCUGAUGUUGUUUUGUCUCUUAAUUUAUGUUUUACCUACCGUACUUGGCCUUAUUAAAUGUGUGCUUUUGUCACACAAAACAUCUG